CAGUUUUUCUCUUACAGGCCACCAUGCAAUUCAUACAAGGUGUUCGCGUCUCACGCGCAUUUACCUCUAGAAGCACCUUUUCGUCAUGCUUCCAACAAUUACAAUUCCAAACACGAACUACAGCCGGGACUACCUGGAGGCAAACUGUUAGGAGCAUGGCAACAGAACAACCUAAAAGCAACAAUGGCUCACAGAAACCUUUUGCCAACACUGGUGCUUUGGCACACCAUACUGACAAGAAGCAGUGGAAGGAUCUUACAACGCCAGAAAAGGUGGUAACGGCAACCAAAGCAACAACUAACUACACUGUCGUCGCCGUAGGAGUUCUUCUUGUUGGCGCCAUCGGAUACGCGAUUGUCACCGAAUUGUUUGGAGCCAAUAGUGAUACGCAUAUCUUUGGUGAUGCAUUGGAAAAGGUCCGAAAGAAUGAAAAGCUCCAGGAAAUUAUUGGAUCACCCAUGAAGGGUCAUGGCGAGCCAUCCUCUAGCAAAAGACGUAGAAAUCGUCGAAUUCAUUCACAAGUAGUUUUGGAUGUCGAAGGCAAGGAGCAUUUGUUGAUGAGAUUCUAUGUUGAAGGCCCGGAUAACGAGGGAACAGCACACCUGGAAAUGGUUAAGGAUCGACAUAAUAAUUGGGAAUAUAAGUAUCUCUUUGUCGACAUUCCAGGUGGAGUCAGGCCUGCACAGCGUAUUUUUGUAGAAUAUAACAAGAACGCUGGACAGCCUGCGAUUGAGGACAAGUGAAACUAUGUACCUUAUUAGUUUGUUCGGACGCCAACGAGCGGGACUCGUCUGAGCUUCAUAAAAUGACAUCAGAAAUGCCAAACAAUAAACAUAUGUUUUUCAGUCCCG